AUGGCACCAGCAUUCUCUACUUACACCAAGACUUUUCACACUGACGUAUACCCCGGCAUCCACGCCUCUCGGCCUGAACUGUCACAGAAAGGGAAGCGAGUGGUGAUCACUGGAGCAGCCGUCGGGAUCGGAGCAGCGACCGCAGAAGCCUUCGCGAUAGCGGGGGCUUCUGAAGUAGUAAUUCUGGGUCGCACUCAGGCGACUCUAGACGCAACCAAGAACGCGAUCGAAGCAAAACACAAAGGUUCGAAGGUGACGGCCGUGGUUGUCGACAUUUCGAGCCUUACCAGCACGGCAGAUGCCUUCGACAACAUCUCGAAGGAUGGCCCUAUUGACGUCUUCAUCAACAAUGCUGCAUACCUUGCCAACCUUGGGCCCAUAGCGGCUGCUGACGUCGAGGACUGGUGGAAGUCGAUAGAAGUCAACGUCAAAGGUGCCUUGCACGUACUCCAAUCCGUGCUGAAAAACAUAUCAAAGCAUGGAGUGAUCAUAAAUGUCAGCUCGGGAGUAACACAUGCGCAUUAUAUCCCCGACUUCUCAUCCUAUGCGGUCGGCAAGGCCGGGGCAGCCAGACUGUUCGAAUAUGUCCAGAACGAAAACCCUGACCUGAGAGUUUUCAACCUCCAUCCCGGGGUCAUCUUAUCCACAGGUCUUGCGAGCAAAGGGGUUGAACAAAGCGGUGCCGCCAUUGAGCAUUCGGAUACACUCGAGCUCCCAGGUAAUUUAAUGGUUUGGCUAUCCUCUCCUGAAGCAGUUUUCUUGAAAGGUCGAUUCUUGUGGGCAAACUGGGAUGUCGAGGAACUCAAACAAAGGAGUAAGGAGUUCCAGGAAAACCCACUACUACUCACUCUAGGAUUGACCGGCUGGCCACAAUGA